GCAAUCUAGUCAACACUAGAAGUCAAGACUGAGAAUAAUAUAGAUAAAUAUUCAAAACGAUAUAUACAAACAAGAGAAAUGAAGAUUUCAACAUCACUGAUAAUGCUCCUAUGGUUUUGUCUUUAUGAUAACACAAAGUCGGCCCCUGCUCCAUUGCAACCAAAGGAAAAACAAAAUGAGUAUAAUCUUCAAUUGAAACUUAACAAUGGACACGUGUUGAAUGAGAAGGUAAAAAUUGACCCAGUUGCUGGAACAGAGUAUUUUCGAGUUCCAAGCCACGGUAGUAAGGACGAGAUUGAGGUCAUGCAAGACUUUUCUAAGAAAUUGACUAUGAUACACGAGAAAUCUGAAAAUGCCUGUUACCUUUCCAAAUUGACGACAGAGGCUUCUCCAGACGAUCUAAAAGCGGCUAUUGAGAGCAAAUUACGUGAAGAUAACGAACUGGAAUUAAGGGAAAUCACGACCUGGAGAGUGGACAAAGAUUUCACCCAGCGAUCUCUUCUAAAUGAAGAGAUGGCGAUGAUGUGUGCUCGAAGCUCAAUCUACUGGAUACAAAAGAUCGAGGAGACUGGGUCGGUGAGACAGUCACGUGACACAGGUCAUUCCCGUGUACGGCGAGCCUCACCCUGUGCUAAGAAUCGCAUCUGUUGGUAUGAAUUUCAGUUUAAAUUGAUCAAACGCGAUGGUAAAACAUUUUUUACUAAGAUAAGAGUGAAGAAAUGUAAACUGAUUUCUUGCUGAGCCAUUAGAAAGAAAAAAAUAUAGAGGAUAUUACAUGAGCGCGCGGAGAUACGAAUUUUAUCUUCGAGUGUUCAAUUGAUAUCUCACGAGUGAGCGAGGCG